AUGCCUACCCUUGCAACGUAUAUCCUCCCCUUGCUCUCCCUCGCACCAUGGGCACUAGCCGAUGAAGGCUGGUUGGACCACUGCAACAGCCCCAAGUUAUUCCAAUCUGGCUACGCGAAAAACUCUCCAGCAAACAACGUAAUUCUCAACGCCAACUGUCAAUACGCGGGAGGACCAAAUGCCAUCUACCACGUGGGCACCGACAUUGAUCUCAAUCAAUGCUUCACAAACAUCAACGGUGUGAUCCAGGGACAGUACGGUGGUAAAUUCGGAGGAAGCCGCAAGGAUCUGUAUCUUUCUGGAACCAUCAUGCAUGCACAGUGUCUGAAUUACAACCACAACUACCAAGAUACUUCCAUCGAUACUUACUAUUAUGUUGGGAACAACAAUGGUCGGAUGAGUUGCUUCGGCCAGGAACCGGUGUAA